UGGUCCGGAAAACACUAAAAAAAAGUUCUAUUUUUGAAGAACAAAAACAAUGGAAAAUUCAAACCGUCGAAGCAAUUUGCGUUGCCCUCACUGCUCUGGCCCUCUUUCCAAAGAGAUGGAAACAAGUGAAUGGACUGUUUCUCCUCUUGUAAGGGAUAGUUUAUCCAUGAUUGGCUCUGCUGUUGGUGGCACUACAAGCGCGUUCUACGGGUUCAACCAUGUUAUGCCGAUAGUCAGGAAACAUGUAAAGGGACCCAUGUGGGUUCAUUUCCUUGUUGGUGCACCACCUGUGGUAGUGUUCUCCUCUGCUUGUGCAGGAUUGGCUGUUGUCGCAUUGUGACUCUGAUGGUUUCUCGAUCGGAAAAAUCCACAGGUGGUGCUGUUCCGGCUCUUGAUCAGCUUGCUUCUUCAUCGUACCAUGCUGCGUUCUCGUCUUCUCAGUUGCCUCCAUCUUCAUAGGAUGAUAAGAUGCAUAAAUCUAGGACCGACUCUACUUUGU